AACAAAACCGCAUUGUGCUGUUUUGAAUUGAAAAUCGUGCAUUUAAAAAGCAGAAAUUUAAGGAUUUUUCAUCGCCAUGGGUAGAAAAGGAAAUUAUGCCGAAAGACCGAAGAAGGGUCCCGGCAAAAAAACCAAAAGACAAGGCAAUCCAACGUUUUCGAAGGAAAUUUUAGACACAGAAAAACGAGAUAAACCUCUUACGCAUCGCCAAAAACAACGCGCUGUGAAACGAGACGCCAAAAAAUUAAGAGUUGAAGAGCUGCAGAAGAAAGUUGCAGCAAAAAAAGCGAAACAAGGAUUCACAGACGACAACAGCGAAUGGCUAAAACCGAAGAAAAAGAAGCCUGUUCAUCGUUCUGAUGGCGAAAGUGACGACGACGAUGACGAAGAAGAGGAGCAAAUGUCUGUCGACGAGGCUGAAAGUGACGAAGAAGAAGAAGAAAUGCCACAAAAGCGAAAUGGAAGAGCAGCUGAACCCGAUUCCGACGAAAGUGAUGAAGAUUCUGACGAAAAUGACGAUGACGACGACGAAGAUAUGCUUCCAAUCGAAAAACAAAACGUAAAAUUGAAGAAAAAACAGGCACGGGAAGCAAAAUUAGCGGAAGAGGAACUCCAAGAGAACAUGGCGAACAAAGAAGCCUUUGAAUUUCCCGACGACGAUAAUACAGAAGAGACUAAAACUGUGAGUUUGCAAGAUGUGCAAGUCAGAAUCAAAGAAGUUGCCGGAAUUUUGUCAGAUUUUGAGAAUUUACGUGAUCCGGAGAGAAGUCGAAGCGAAUAUUUGGAGCUAAUUAAGAAGGAUUUGUGCAUUUAUUACAGCUACAACGAGUUUAUGAUGCAAACUUUUAUGGAUUUGUUCCCCAUUAAUGAGUUAAUGGAGUUUUUAGAGGCCUCAGAGGUGCAAAGACCCUUGACGAUUCGAACUAACAGCUUGAAAGCGCGUCGUCGUGACUUGGCACAAGCUCUAAUUAAUCGCGGUGUCAAUUUAGAUCCCAUUGGAAAGUGGUCCAAAGUCGGUUUAGUCAUCUACAGUUCACAAGUCCCGCUGGGAGCGACGCCCGAAUAUCUCGCAGGACACUAUAUGAUCCAAGGAGCUUCAAGUAUGUUACCUGUGAUGGCUUUGGCGCCUCAGGAGAACGAACGUGUGCUUGAUAUGUGUUCCGCACCCGGCGGCAAAAGCUCUCACAUUGCUGCGAUAAUGAAAAAUACGGGAGUUUUGUUCGCCAAUGACGUAAAUCGUGAUCGUUUGAACGCAAUUAUCGGAAAUUUCCAUCGUUUGGGCAUCGUUAACUCCGUUGUCACGUGUUUGGAUGGCGUUCAGUACAAAACUUUCAUGAGUGGCUUCGAUCGAGUGUUACUUGAUGCACCUUGCACCGGUACCGGGGUCAUCGGGAAAGAUCCCAGCGUCAAAACAUCCAAAUCUGAGGCGGAUAUUCAACGUUGCUACAAUCUCCAACGCAAACUGAUCCUUUCCGCGAUCGAUUGUUUGAGCGCCAAAUCCGCUACCGGCGGGUAUCUCGUCUAUUCCACGUGUUCCGUGUUGCCGGAAGAGAAUGAAUGGGUCAUCGAUUACGCCUUGAAGAAACGAAAUGUGAAACUCGUGCCCACAGGAUUGGAUUUCGGGGUUGAGGGAUUCACGAAAUACAAGACGCAUCGUUAUCAUCCCUCGAUGAAGCUUACACGUCGUUAUUAUCCGCAUUCGCACAACAUGGAUGGCUUUUUCGUCGCAAAAUUACAAAAAUUCUCCGAUGCUAUUCCGAAUGACGGCGCAAAUGACGAAGAAGAGGAAGUUCCUGAAGAGCCAGAGGAAAUUGAGAUCCCCAAGAACGUUGACAGACGCGAUUGGUACUACAAGGAUGCCAUUGAAAAGCUUAAAAAGAAGAAGGAAGACAAGAAUCACGUCGUAAAAGUAUUCGAGAAACCAGUUAAAGCGAAAAAUAAUGAGAAAAAGGAAGAAAAACCGGCGAAACAACAGAAAAAGAUGGAGACAAAUGGAAAUGUUGAAGAAGAAAAGGCGCCAAAAACUCCUGCGAAUGAAUUGAAAGCCUUCCAGAAAGUCAACAAGGAUAAAUAUAGCAAGAAAAAGUCGAUUGGACAACUGAGUAAAUCCUUUUCCGUAGCAGCGACACCCCUUAAAAAUAAAGCGGGAAAGAGGAAGUCUGUUGGAUGAGCGAUGAUUGAUCCUUUUUCUUUUUAAUUAUUACCAAUUUAAUUUUAUGAAUAUAAAAAGUUAUUCAAAAAACUCG